GCGGGGCCCCGCCCCGCUCUGUCUUUGUGCUCGCCGGCAGCCCCGGCAGCGCCGCCGCCUCCUGCAGCCUUGUUCAGCUCCGCGCGGCGCGGCGGGCGGCUCCGCACCGCUCGGCUCCGCACCGCAGCGCUCCGCGCCACCCCGCCCCUCACCGCGCUACCCCGCCCCUUACCGCGCUAUGUGUGCCGGCGCUCCCCUGCCUCCUCGCGGCCGCUUUCCACCCGGCGGGGCGCGCUUGGCCCCGCUCUGAGAGCAGCGGCGGGGCAAGGAGCGAGCGGAGCGGAGCAGGGACGUGCCGCCCGGCGCGGAGCGGCGCGGAGCAAAGGGAACGCGGCGCCAUGUGGGGCUCGGGGCUGGCGCUGGGGCUUCUGCUGGGCGCGGCGUGGCUGGCGUGCGGGCAGAACGAGACAGAGCCCAUCGUGCUGGAGGGGAAGUGCCUCGUGGUGUGCGACUCCAACCCCACCUCCGACCCCACCGGUACAGCGCUCGGCAUCUCCGUGCGCUCCGGCAGCGCCAAGGUCGCCUUCUCCGCUAUCCGCAGCACCAACCACGAACCCUCCGAGAUGAGCAACCGCACCAUGAUCAUCUACUUCGACCAGGUACUAGUGAAUAUCGGCAGCAACUUCGACUCGGAGCGGAGCACUUUUAUCGCGCCUAGGAAAGGGAUUUACAGUUUCAAUUUUCACGUGGUGAAAGUGUACAACAGGCAAACCAUCCAGGUGAGUUUGAUGCUAAAUGGGUGGCCAGUGAUUUCUGCCUUUGCAGGAGACCAAGAUGUGACCCGAGAAGCUGCUAGCAAUGGAGUCCUGAUUCAGAUGGAGAAAGGAGACAGAGCUUAUCUAAAACUGGAGAGAGGAAACUUGAUGGGAGGCUGGAAGUAUUCAACAUUCUCUGGAUUUCUAGUGUUCCCGCUUUAAAUAUCUUUCAUCCAAGAAAAAGGAGAGAUCUCUCACAAUUCCCAAGUCAUAGCUGGGUUUAAAGAGUUGUGGAUAGCAGACUUUUUACAUUCAAAUAUUAAAGAAGCUAAAUCCUGCUUAGGUUUGCAUACAUCUGCUUUGAAGAGUUACUACUUAUUUUUGUUGCGUUGCAGCCAACAGGCAGGAGACCCUAUAAUUGAUCAACCACCCAUUUUUAUUCUUCUCUCUUCUCCCACAAAAUUAGUUCCCCUCUCUGUGUCACUGGUUCCCAUUGUGCCAUUGGUUCCCCAUGGUUUCUGCCUCACAGUAGACUUUAGAUUUUUUUCAUUGUCUUCUACAGCAUAUUUUGUAGUUUUGUUUUUAAAACAUGUUAAUCUUGACUCUUUCUCCGAGUUUGACUUUAAAAAAAAGAGGAAAGUAUUUUUGAAAACAUGGAUGCCAUGAUGUAAGGGAAAAUGCAAUUCUUGCUCUGUACUGGCUGGCAAAGGAAAAAUUUCUACAUGAAGAACUAUUCACAGCCAAGGCUGACUAGAGUAUUUCAAUAUUUCUAUGUAAUUCUGAGUGAUUGUGACAUUUAAGGCUGCUAAAUGUUUUGAUGCUUGUUUUGCUCUUGUACAAUGUGGCCCAACUAAAUGCCAGGAAGUAUAUUGAACUUUUACUAUUACUCUGUAAUAUAUGUGUGAAUAUUGAAAAUUAAUUUUUGCUUUAAUUCAAUAAAGUUUAAACGGGAAUUUUAUUUUUCUUAACCAGAAAUAAGGUUCCUCAAUCGAGGCAGGUGGGGG